AUGGGUACCUCCAAAGCCCGCGGUACCCCGAAGCAGGCCGCCGCCGCAGCUGCGACAAAAGUCCAGCCCUUUCCCGAGAAAACAUUCAUCAUCGACAAUGGCGCGUACACGAUCAAGGCAGGAUAUGCUCCAUAUGACCAUAACCCACCACAAGAUGAGGAGGAGGCACUCUCCACAUGCGUGACAGUACCCAAUGCGCUGGCCAAGACACGCGACAACCGCGUCUUUGUCGGCGCCCAGCUUUCCACACACAUCUCGGACUGGAAUGAGGUCGCUUUUCGUCGGCCCGUGGAAAAGGGAUACUUGGUGAAUUGGGAGGCGCAAAAGGAGAUUUGGGAACAGUCAUUUUUCGAUGAGAAGACUGCUCGGACGAAAGAGGCGCGAAUUGCGAAUCCAGAGGAGACGACACUGAUUCUGACGGAUACGCCAAAUGGACUACCUGCUUUGCAGAAGAAUGCGGACGAGAUGGUCAUGGAAGAGUGGGGGUUUGGUGCCUAUGCAAGGAUAGCUGGCCCUACACUGAAUGCCUGGAACGAUAUGCAUGUCUUAUUUGGAGACGUGACGGAAACCUCCGAGUCAACACCCACGCCGAUCGAAUGUCUGCUGGUUGUGGAUUCUGGCUAUUCUCACACCAUCGUCACCCCCGUAUACAAAGGACAACCGCUCCAGCGCGGGAUUCGACGCUUCGAAUUAGGCGGCAAACACCUCACCAAUUAUUUGAAGGAAAUGGUUUCCAUGCGGCAAUACAACAUGUUGGACGAGACACAUAUCAUGAAUGAUGUCAAGGAGGCUGUCUGUUACGUGUCGAGUGAUUUCGCCGGAGACAUGGAACGUACAUGGAAAGCCAAAAAGGCACGGGGACAAGCUCAGCCAAGCGAAGGCAUUGUGGUUGAUUAUGUCCUUCCGGACCCAAGUUCUAACAGAAAGGGCUUCGUCCGGUCUCAUGACCCAUUGCUGAAUGUGAAGAAGCGAAACAACCUACUUUCGGGAUCUGGUGAUGUCGUGGCAGAGGAUUUCCUGGUCCUUGGGAAUGAACGCUUUGCUGUACCGGAGAUUUUGUUUAACCCGUCGGAUAUCGGGAUGAGACAAACAGGCAUCCCUGAACUCAUCCUGCAGAGUCUGUCUGUCUUGCCGACAGGUCUCCAUCCUGCCUUUCUGGCCAACAUUUUGGUGGUUGGAGGGAAUGCACUCCUUCCUGGAUUCAUGGAAAGAUUGGAGACUGAACUUCGCCAAAUAGCAACAGCCGAGUGUAUUGUCCGCGUGCGACGACCAAAUGAUCCUAUCCGUUCCACAUGGCGAGGCGCAACACGAUUUGCUACGAACCGAGAAGAGCUCAAAACAGCCGCAAUCACUCGACAAGAAUAUCUUGAGUAUGGUUCUGCAUGGGCUGGGAGAAAAUUCUCCAAGGCUGGUUAG